AUGCGCAAGACAGUACCAUCCGCUCCGGGGAUUCGCUGUCGAAAGCUGCAUCUGGAGGUGCCAGUCAUCGUUAGCGCGCCCGAGCAAUCAGUCGUUCACAUAUACUAUUCGUAACGCGAAAAGGCUAAAAAAUGAGUCGGAAAAAAAUGGUGUGGUUAUAGAUGGAAAAGGCUGCCAUCAGCUAUAUACAUUUACAUUUCUGCAUACAAACAUAUGCAUACAUACGUAUGUACCAUGAGAUUUUUGUGCAUGUUUCUUUUCUUAUGCUGUGCGAUAAUUUGGCAAAAACUUAUAAACGAAAGUGUACAAAAAAAUCCAAAACAAAUGCCGGCAGCUACAUUAAUUUCAGAUUAACUUAAUUUAAUAAUCAGCUACGUGAAAAACAAUAUAAAUAAACGCAUUGAGUAUUACGCGGACAUCUAAAUACACAUUGUGUACAAUUUUGAUAAGAACUAUUAUUAUGAUUAUCAAAUUGCCACAUGUGAUGCAUAACUAAUGAUUAUAACGGUUUUAGCCUAAAAUCGCUCUCUUAAAAGCAUUUAAGAGAAGGAAAGAGUUCAAAAGCUAUGAGAAUACAUCAGCUUCAACAAUUUUUUAAAUAAAUGUUACUUAUAUUUUGGCUUAACUAAGAGAAUUACAAUAUGACUUGGAUAUCUGCAGCAGGGCGAAAAUCUUUAUACUCGCUCAUCUUUAUAUUGACAUUAUAUGUUUCUGCAAAUACCACAGAGACAUCAAAUUACUUUGAUAUGCAAGGACCGAGUUUUUCACUAGAGCCACCAAGCAGAAUUGAAUUUUUGAAUACAGUUGGAAACACAGCUCACUGUAUUGCUCAUGGAAAUCCUGUGCCGAUAGUUCAGUGGCUAGAUAAGGAAAAUAAUCCCAUCACAUCCAUAUCAAAGGUUCAACAUAUUUUCACAAAUGGUUCAUUACACUUUCCGCCAUUUGCCGCGGAAGAAUUUCGACAAGACGUGCACUGGGCGAUAUAUCGAUGUACAGCAUCUAACACCGUGGGCACUAUUAUAUCUAGGGAUGUUAUUGUUAAAGCGGUGGUCUAUCAACAUUACGAACCGGAGGUCCAAAAUCCUGGUGGAUUUGUUGGCAGUAACAUUCUGAUUAAGUGUAACAUUCCGUCGUUCGUUAAGGAAUAUGUAACCGUAACCUCCUGGCUACAGGAACCAAACUUUAAUAUAUAUCCAUCUUUGGAAGGGGAUGGUAAAAAUCAUAUGUUACCGACAGGCGAACUUUUGUUAUAUAACAUCACUAAAAAUGAUUCCCAAAAAAUCUAUCGUUGUCGAACACAUCACAAAUUGACACAGGACUCCAAAGUCAGUAGUAAUGCUGGCAAAAUUCAAUUGACCGAAAUGCGUGAGCUUGUGCCUCCAAUAAUGAAUGAUAAGACUAUGUCGAUAUUGGCCAGAGUUGGAGAUCCAUUAGUUUUGGCAUGUGUUGCUUAUGCAAAUCCAAAGCCAACUUACAGGUGGCAUACAACACGUUCCAGCAAUGAGGAGUCCAUGCAACAUAUGCUCGCAACUGGACGGGCAAAAAUCAAAGAUGGCACACUAAUUUUAUCCGCCGUUACAAAAACUGACGAUGGGUUAUUCUAUUGCACCGUUACCAACUCGGAGGGUAGCGAGACUUUGGAAGUGAAGCUGUCAGUUUCGUCGCCUUUGGGCGCAAGUGUACAGCCCCGAAUACAGACCGUGAAUCUUGGACAUACUGCUGAUUUAAUUUGCAGCACAUCUGGAUUUCCAAAACAACAAGUCUUAUGGUUUAAGGACGGAAAACCUCUGCGGUCCGGGGCUCGUGUACGCCUUUUAUCAAAGGAACACAUACGCAUUACGUCCGUCGUUAAGGAAGACAAGGGAAUGUAUCAAUGUAUGAUAAAAAAUGAUUUGGAAUCAAGUCAAAGUUCUGCCGAAUUAAGAUUGGGAGAAGUAGCACCUCAAUUGCUUUACAAGUUUAUUGAGCAAACUAUGCAGCCUGGACCUUCCGUUUCACUUAAAUGCAGCGCAAGUGGAAACCCUACACCAAAAAUUGUGUGGAACCUGGAUGGGUUUGCCCUACCCAAUAAUGACCGUCUUAUGAUUGGACAAUACGUGACCACAUUUGGUGAUGUUAUAAGCCAUGUCAAUAUAUCAGCUGUCAAAUCAGAGGACGGAGGAGAUUACGAAUGUAAAGCUAUUUCUCGUGCUGGGGAGGUCUCACACUCAGCAAGACUUAAUAUAUAUGGCAUGCCCUAUAUACGUCAUAUGCCAAAGAUAUCUGCUGUCGCUGGAAAAAUGUUUGCUUUAAAGUGCCCCAUUGCUGGUUACCCUAUUGAAAGUGUGUUCAUUGAAAAGGACGGCAUUCGAUUGCCAAUCAACAUGUGACAGCGGGUCCAAAAUGGAACCCUUGUGAUCGACAACGUGCAACGAGCUGCCGAUCAGGGCACGUAUACCUGUAUUGCACGGAAUAAACACAACUACACUUCGCAGCGAUCAGUUGAAGUCAAAGUACUGGUUCCACCCAAGAUUACGCCAUUCUCAUUCGCACGCGAUCUGAACGUCGGUGACCGCACAAGCAUUCAGUGCGUUAUUGGCACCGGGGACCUGCCGCUUUCAUUUACCUGGCUAAAGGAUGGAAAAGCUCUGCCAUCGGCAGCCUCGGCCGAUAGUGUCAGCGGUGGGCUUAAGGGUACCGGUGGCGUUGCUGUAUUGGGUACCGGCUCCGGAUCAUUGUCGCAGUUCUCCUCAUCUCCCAUUUUACCCUCGGCCUCGGCGUCGGCAUCGGCGGCGAUUGCCUUCACAAGCGACCUUGCUCCGAAUGACAAUGGUCGUAGUAGUGGUGAAAGUAGCGGCCAGGUGACAAUUCGCCAAAAUGAUGAUUUUACCAGCGCCCUCAGCAUCACAAGUGUGACGAGGGACCAAAGCGGCACGUACACGUGUCGCGUUCAAAAUGAUGCCGCUACUGUAACGCACUCUGCACAGCUUAAAGUUAAUGUACCUCCCCGGUGGAUUUUAAAACCCACUGACCAAGACGCAAUCCUAGGAAAUUCAGUAAUGGUAUCGUGCAAGGCUGACGGAUUUCCCCAACCCACUAUUCAAUGGAAGCAAUCGAUAGGUGACUCUGGCGAUUACCGUGAUCUUAGUUAUGCCAUGAGCAAUGGAAACUCGCAGUCCACUAUUGUGGCCCAUACAAAUGGUUCCCUGAUAAUAUCCAAGGUCUCCCGAGAGCACGAGGGCAGCUACCUAUGCCAGGCAAGCAAUGGCAUUGGAGCUGGCCUAAGCACCCUAAUUAAAUUAACAGUUCAUGUUGGGCCUUCGGUCACUGUUGCCAAAAAACAGUUGUCGAUUCGGCGUGGAGAACGUAUUACUUUGCACUGCGAAGCGAACGGGGAUCAGCCUCUAGAAAUAUCUUGGCGGUCGAAAGCAAGUCGCAUUGACCCAUCCUACGAUAUACGCUAUCAUAUAAAAAACUCGCCUCUAGCUCGUGGAGUAUCAUCGGAGCUAACUAUUUUGCAGACGGUUCUGACAGAUAGAGGCGAAUAUACUUGUAUAGCCAGCAAUGCCUAUGGGCGUGAUCGAAGUGUUAUACAUGUACAGGUGCAAGAACCUCCUAAUUUUCCGGUUAAUUUGCAUGUCAGAGAUCUUGGGAGUCGCUCGGUAACAUUGGCCUGGUCUCCAAACGAUCAGGAUUCAAUAAUAUUGGGCGGAGGUGGGAGCAAUAACCGGGACGCUCAACCGAUAUCAAAUUAUAUAUUGCAAUACAAAAAAGCUGGAGAUGUCUGGCAUGAACACAACAACCAGAAGCUACUUCCUGGCGACAGAACUACGGCACAGCUAGGAUCUCUUCGUCCUGCACAAGUCUACCAUAUACGAUUAUUUGCCGAAAAUCAUCUAGGCACCAGCGCCCCAAGCGACAUUUUAUUUGUGCAAACAGAUUCAGAAGUACCAUCGGCGCCGCCACAAGACAUUACUGUCGAGCCGCUUGGGCCACAGCAGUUGCUGAUAACAUGGCGAGCGCCCGUACGUGAUUCUUGGAAUGGCGAUCUAUUGGGAUAUACAAUUUCGUAUCAAAAGCAAGGUACUCCAGAUAAUGGUAAAAAUCAGACUAAGGUUGGUAGCCUGAUAACAGAAGGUUUGAAUGACUUUCGUUUAACUGGAUUGGAGAAGUAUACUCAGUAUGGAAUCACAGUCUCGGCAUUUAAUAUAAAAGGCGACGGACCCCAGAGUGAUGUAGCAUUGGGUCACACUUUGGAGGAUGUUCCUUCCGCACCUCCUCGAUCGGUGUCAUGCGUUGCGCUAACUGCCCAAAAUAUUCAAAUAUCCUGGCAGUCCCCACCAAAGAAACAAUGUCACGGAAUUAUUCAAGGCUAUAAGAUACUGUACGAACCAGGAUUUUUGGAAAGUGAAUACAGCGUGCGGGAAACAAAAAUUACUUCGGCUCUUAGCACAGUUCUGCAUGGAUUGCAGCCUUUUACAAAUUAUAGCGUUCAGGUGUUGGCAUUUACCCGGGCUGGUGAAGGCGUCUUAAGUCCGGCUGUGUCAUGUAUUACGGAAGAAGCGGUACCGGAUGCACCAGAGCUUGUGAAAUCUGCAGUUAGUACCGAAUCUUCAGUGAUUAUUAGCUGGCUACCACCACGACGACCAAACGGAUUGAUUACCAAGUACAAUGUUUAUAUACGGGUACUCGAAAAGGGUCAGGAGCUGAAAAUACUAAAGGAAGUCUUGCCAGCACAUAAUCGACACUUCGAAGCAAAAGACCUCAAUUUGCGAGAAACCUAUGAGGCUUGGGUCACAGCAUCGACAAGGGUGGGACAGGGUCCAAGUACUCCAGUCAUCAAACUGGUGCCAAGCACGUCGAUACCAGCUGCUAUCAUAUCUUUUAGCCAGACUUUGUCCGUCACUUGGAGAUCAGAUAUUAAGCUAGCCUGUAUAUUUGUUGGAAAUCCCAAAGCAAGCGCCGAGUGGAAGAUACUUAAUACGCGCUCUAAAAAGCAGUUCCAACUGGAAGUAAGCAACGAUAAUACAUUAAGUCUUCGCAAUAUUCAACGUUCGCAUGAAGGCAAUUAUUCGUGCAUUGUGCGAAAUCCCGUGGGUUCGGAUCAUAUUGUUUAUCAGCUGUUCGUUCAAGUUCCACCUUCUGCUCCUAUUGUUUCUGUGAAUUCGGUUCACAAAAAUUCAGUAUCAAUUCAAUGGAGAGUUGAUGAUAUCGGCGGUGCUCCGAUUAGAGGGUUUACUUUAACCUACAGGCGGGAAUCGGCCGAAUGGAACGAGUUUCAAAUUGAUCGGCGCAUUACUUCAUACAUGAUUGAAAAUCUGCAAUGUGGCACCAAAUAUCAAUUUACGAUGAGCACUUUUAAUAAAAUUGGCACCAGUGUCACAAGUGCAAUUGUAUCAGCCCAGACCAAAGGAAACAAACCACUGGCACCGGAAAAGCACAGCUUUAUACGUUCGAAUACGACAUCAGUUAUCCUAGACUUGUCCUCUUGGCAGGACGGUGGAUGCCCGAUACUUCACUUUAGUAUUGAAUUCAAGCACUAUCAAUCUUCGGGUGAAUGGAUCAUAGUUUCAAAUAAAAUUGAAACCCAUAACCGCUUUAGUAUUGGUGAUUUAGAGCCAGGAACGGCCUACCUAUUGCGUGUCACGGCAAACAAUAAUGCUGGCUCAACUGCAAAGGAAUUUUAUUUCAAAACGCAGAAUCUGAUUGGGUUAACUGGCAGCUCGGAUCCGGAUGCGCUACCCGAGGAGCAAACUGUACUUACCGAUGCGCACCUUAUAGCUGUUAUUAUAGCCUCAAUAUUUGGAACAAUUCUUGCUCUGAUCGGCGCUUUUAUCUGCUUCAAAAACUAUACACAAACUUUGUUUUCACGUAAUGUGGACUCAUUAAGGCCACAAAGUAGUACUGCAGAUGGAAAGGAUAUUCAAAGUCAUGAACACUUUUAUGAACAUGAAAACCAGUCCGGAAAUAUUGCUUUAAGCUACACGGGAAGCUCAUUAAAGUACGAUUCUCGCUGUGAAGAUGAUAAUACAUUAUGUAGCUCUGGGUCGAAAGGAAAACGUCCCGUCUCAACAAGUAUAGGUGGAAUUAACCCAAAUGUUAAGCUGACCAGCAAUGUGAUAGUUGAUGACAGCAACAGUAUAAGUACUGAAAAGCGACUGAAACGUCGUUCGAAAAUUUUAAAGUCAGAAUCAGAAGAGUACGAUAGCUUAAAUAGUGAUAGCGAGCUUAGUGAGCGGGAGCGCAUUCGUGAAGAAAAUCGUAGUAAUCGUGAAGCGUCCAAUUAUAUUGAUGAGGAAGGACUAACAGCACAUGGAAGAAAAACUAGAAACAAUGGAGGAAUUGGUAAAGAUAGGUCUUCUGUAUUUAGCAGACCUCAACUGCAUAGUAACAUCCUGGACAGCGUACCCAUCGACUGCAGGCUCUUUGACCCGUCAGCAAAGCAACAGCGGAAAUCAACGUACUCUUGUGAUUCCCAGCGGAAAAUUCUCACAAUUAAAUCUGCCAAAGCUACAAUCCAAUGUGCAGAUAUGUCCCGAAGUAUACCCAGUCGUCAGCGAUACAAAGGUGCCGAUAGUAAUACCAACAACGGCACCCUUAAUCGCGAUUGUGGGGAAGCCCAGAGUAUCUCCCGACCAGUCACACAAUCGGGGUCAUAUAUUGAAAAAUUAAAAACACAAGAGCCAGAUCAAGUCGCUUGUCCCUCAAUAACAUGCUAUAACAAAAACUAUGGUGAUGCGAGUGUAAAGCUAUUCAAGAAUACUGACGGCAAUCAACUGGAGUUCUUAAGUCAUCAACAUAAUAUUUACAAUAUUGAACCUUUGGAUUCAUUGGGAGCAUCAAAGGGACCAAAUAGGUCUCUGGAAUAUCAGGGCAUGGACACUCUAAGCAAUACUGAAACGUUAGCUAUCGGCUCGACCAUGAGUGACCACAAGUUUCAAACGGAAAGCAGCUCGGAAAAUAUUCAAAAGCAGUGCAGCAACAUAAAUAAGAACUCGAAAAACGAACAAUUCGAUUACAUUUUAACUGAGAAACAUGUUAGUCCUCCAUCAGCCUUUGUCGACAGGGUUGGUUAAUCUUAAAUGCACUUUUAUUAGACACAAAAUUGGUUUAACAUGCAUUUAUUACUCAAAUCUAAUUAUAUUUAAUGAAUGUAAAUAAUGAAUAACAAAACAAUUGCAUAUGUACAUAUAGUGUAGUCCAAACAUAACCAUCAGAAUAUUUGAGCUAUAAGAACUGUGCUGUUCUCUUUGACCAUAUAUUAAGUGUUAAACGAUGACAGACACAGUAACAUAACUAUUUGCGACUUUUUUUAAAUAAUUUUCUAAUUUUUUGUUCUGCAAAUGUAAAUCUAUUAUAAGUUUAGUGGAUACGGUUGUAAGGUAUUUAUCUUGUAAUGAAGUACGAUCAGAGAAUUUCUAUACGAAUUUGCAACGUGCGUUGCAUUUUAAUAUAUUUGCAAUUGAAAUAUUGUUUGAAGCUUCGAGUUUCAAAGCUCACCCUUCAAAUAUUAUCUGUAAACAUUUUGUAACCAAUUUGCAAGAAGAGCAAAGCAACAUUGAUUGUAUUUCGUACUGUUGAAAACAAAAGCCCAUCCACUCGUUGUUUUAAAUUAAUAUGUAUGUCUUAUUUAGAAAAACCUAUCGUUUCUGAUACACUGCCAGUCAAAUUAUUCCAGUCAAUUUGGCAAACAUAUAUACAUAUCUAUAUAUGCGUAUAUUUUGCCCAUAUCUGAUAUUUAGUACUAAGUACUACAUUUAGGAUGAAAAAAAAA